AUAUACGGGUUAUACGUAACCCUUGCGGUCAGUGUUUGUGUGAGUGGUGUUGAGGUAACACAUGAUGAAAGUGGCGAUACUGUGAGCGUACGGAUAGACAAAGGGUUGAUUAAUGGGCGCCGAGAGUCAUACGAGGGCCGGGAUCUGGACGUAUAUCUGGGCGUACCGUACGCUCAGCCACCGGUCGGACCCCUGAGGUUCAAAAGGCCGGUGCCGGUGGUCGACAAGUGGACGGAUCCGUUGGAUGCAAAGCAUUGGCCGCCCGCCUGUUAUCAAGUAAAAGUGCAUAAUGACUACUUUAAUGCUAAUAUGAGUGAAGAUUGCCUAUACCUAAACAUCUGGUCGCCGGCCGUCAACCCUUCGGCACCGGACACACUCCGA